CGUUUAUAACUUCAUCUAUAAAUUUUAGUGGAAUUAGCGCUUAAGUUACACACGAACGCAAUAUUACGAAAUUUUGAGUAUUUAGUUUUUAGUGAACUUUAUUCAAUAACGUUUAUUGAUAUAUUCUAUGAGUAUGGAUUUAUUUCUAUCUAAUUAUGAUAACAAUCUAAAUAUUAGCAGCUCUGAAGAAACUAGCUCCGAUGAAAGUGAAAGUUUACCAGAAAACAUUAUAGUUGCAAGUACUCAAGAAAUUACCUCUUUAUUUGCUCAUUGCAUUAAUAGUACUGAUAAAUCAAAGCUGGUUUAUCAUUGUAAAUCUCAUGAAGAAGCUCUUCAAUGUGUAAAAAAGUAUGAGAUAGUGACAACAACAAGAUUCGUAGUGUUUAAGGCAAAUAAAAAUUUUGGAAUGACUGAAAUGAUUACAAAAAGUUAUUCUAUACUUUGGGAAGAUUUUGCUGUUCCUUAUUCUGGGUUGCCUUACAUAGUUGUUGCAAGCAAAGUUUUCGAUUGUCAUCAUGGAUUUGACAGAAAUAUUGCAUCAAAAAAGAAUUAUCAACUAAAAAAACAAAAACUUAAUAUAGAUGAUCACUGCUUUCAAAAGAAUUAUAUUAUUUUACAAGACACUAAAAAAUUCAUGUGCCCUGCUAAAGUUAAUAUGAGAGAAAUAAUACAUUUUCCUGAUUUUAAGAUAUCAGAGAGGUCUGUAUGGCGCCAAAAGAAUGCAUCUAAACUUUUGAGGAAGAAAAUAAAAACUUCUGCAUUAAAUGAAAUUAAUCAUAUGCGAACAAUUGUAGUUGCUAUUGACAAUUUAUCAUGUCAUGAUAAUCAUCUUGUAGGAUUGGCUGAAUUGAUUUCUCAAAAAAUUGAUCCUGAAAUUUCUAAAAAAAUUGAAGAAUAUGUAAUGGAGGGAAUAUUCAAUGUAAGAGAAAUGAAAAGGCUCCUUCGAAUUGCUGUAAAGGGUAUAUUUGAAAAAGAAAAUCUUCCUCCACCAAAUAAUAGAAGGUUUUUCCCCCGUGUUACAACUAUAAGAUCACAUAUAGUCAAAAUUAAACAAAAGCUAAGAAAUGGAUAUGGGCUUAUCGUCGCGAUCGAUUGUUGGUUGGUUUAAAUACUAACAAUGGGGUGGAAAGACAAAAUGAAUCCUUUAAAUAUUCUUAUUUGUAACAGCAUAAAAAUUCAUCUAUUUCUGGUAUGCUAACCCUAUUAAUUGAAGAAUUUUUUCCAGACAAAUUUGAACAAUAUUCAGAAUCCAAUUUCAAAAUGAGUUGUCAGUACAGACGUUAUAGUAUGAAUGUACCUCAUUUUUUACAUAAUAAGCCACAUCAUUUUGUUAAACAUUGUUUACAGAAACAUAAUUUAGCUAGUAAUGCUGACCUAAAUGGAUUAAUUUUAGUAGACCAUGGAAUAUUUAAAGUAAAAAGUUUCUCAGAUGAAAGUAAAAUUUACAUUGUCAAUUUUGGCGAUGAAAACAACAUGCCAAAAUGUACUUGCAAUGAUUGGUUAAAAUCAGCUUAUCUUUGCAAACACUUUUUUUUGAUAUUUAGAAAACAUCCGCAUAAUUGGUCAUGGCAAUCUUUAUCUUCUUUAUAUAGGGAAUCCCCAUUUCUAAAUAUUGACAUUAAAAAUGACUUGAUAUUAAAUCAAUCAAUUGUUUGUAAAUGCAACCAUGCAAAUAAACAUGUUCAAGAAUAUACUAAAGCUUCUAUUGUUAAUUUCUCAGAUACAGUAUCUUUAAAACUCUCUGACAAAAGUAUUCAAAAAAAGGUCUGAUGGCAUCUGAAGUACGUGAAAUGCUUACCACUAUUAAAAAUUUAACUUAUGAUUUUGAUGAAACAUCUGGAGAAAUUUCUGACUUACAUGAAAAUUUAUCAAACAUUCUUAAUGCCCUUUAUCAUGCAAGAAAAAAAGAAAAAGGUCUACCUGUUCGAACAGAAAAUAUGGAUGAUUAUGUACUCAAUAAGAAAAUGAAAUUAAUUGAAAUACCUGGUAUUAAAAAAAAAAAAAGUUCAAAUCGGGUUGGAAAAAAAAAAGAUAUGUCACUCUCUCAUCAUGUAAUAUUAAGAUUAAUAGUGUUGCUCCAGAAGUAUCGAUACAAGAAUGUAUUAUUACUCAUGAUCAAAUAAGAGGUGAAACAUCUUUUAAAACAAGUUCUAUGAUUAUUGAAAAUAUUUUGUCUGAUGAUGAUAACAAUAUUUUAAAUAUUUCUUUACUUAAAACUGAGGAUUUAGAAGACAUUUCAAAUAACAGAAUGUUAUCAGAUAGUGUUAUCCAUUACUUUCAAAAUUUAAUUAUAAAAAAUCAUCCAUCUGCAAAUGGGUUGCAAGAUCCAAUAUUAGGACAAAAACUUUUUUUUAAGCCCCAAGGUUCUCUGCCGUUCGUUCAAGUCAUUUAUAAUGGACAUCAUCACUGGCUUGCUAUUAGCACAUAUGGCUGCAAGUUUGGAGAAGUAUAUGAACUUGUUAGUAGUUUUCAUGGAUAUUUGUCAUUAGAUACACAGAUACAAAUAUGUUCUCUUUUAAAUUACAACAAAUCCGAAAUUAAAGUAAAUGUUUUACCAGUUCAGCAGCAAGAAGGAAAUGUAGAUUGUGGUUUGUUUUCACUAGCUUUUAUAGAGUUUAUUUUAUUGAACAAUAAAAAUCCAGUUGAUGAUAUUUGGUUCAACCAAAGGCUAUUUAGAAGUCAUGUUCUUGCAUGCAUAAAAGAUAACAUAAUGAGAUCCUUUCCACUGUCAUAUUCUGGAAGCUAUAGAUGCAAUCCAAAAGAUCAUCAUCAUCAUCAUUUUCAUCGUCAUUAUCUUCUAAUUAAAUGCUCCCCAUUAAAUGCUCUUCCGCGAUGCUCUGUGAAAAGACCGUAAGGACUUCUUGGGGCACCUUAAUCAACUUAAAAAAAAAAAAAAAAAUUACACCAAUAU